CUUGGGCCAGCGAGAAAAAUUGGGUGCAGGCUGCUGAGAGUGCAAUAGAAACGACGCACGCGUAGCUAUAUUGCCUCAGGACAGCGAUGCCAUGACAAUUUCUGCCUAAACAUCGCAAGCAAAUAGUAACACUAUAAUUUCCUGAAUAGCAGCUAUUGCCUGAAGCGCCAGCGCGUGCGCGAAGACGAGUCCGAGUCCGGACGCUGACCAUCACCACGCCACCUCCACGCGGUUGCAACCGCACGUAAAAUGGCGCCCUGCCUCCCCAAAAGCACGCGCAAGCGCUCGCCGCCGGCGCGCUUCGUCAAGAGCAAUUGCCAGCUGGUCUGCAUCCUUGCACUGUUAGGCGGCGUGACGCAACUGUGCUCGAUGGCCAUCGCACGCUUCGAAGCACCGGCGUCAACGCCAAUCCAAAAACCAAUCCCGCCGCGCGCGGCCGUGCUGAUUGUGGGAGAGACGCGGUCGCUGUUCCUGCCGCGCGUCUACGAAUUAUGCAGAAGGAAUUUGAUCGGGGGCCUCGCGAAGCAGGGGGCCGCCGUCGACGUGUUUUUGAGAUUAGACAGAAGCGUCAAGGCGUCCGAGGGCAGCGAGGGCCACCGGAAGAUCUCGGGCGCGCGCGGCGUGCCGUCGAUAAUCGGACACCUGCCGGAUUCUAUUCUGAGACCGAUGUUACAAACCUUAAAGCCAGUACAAGUCUCGUGGUUCGUAGCAGGUAAAGACGAGGGCGAUACCGAGAGCGACGCGGGCCUGAGAAACGGCACCCUGCUGCCGUGGCGCUCGCUGUCCAUCGAGGAGCGCUCCCUCGCGCUACUGCGAGCCUUCGACCGGCCGCUCUGGUCCCAGUCUGUGUGGAAAUCAAAUGUCGGGCGCCCCACGCCAUCGACGCGACGUUGCGCCCGUGACCGCGUCGGCUCGAUGGCGUGGAGGUUCACGAAGGUCCACGCAAUUCUUCUCAGGAUAACCUUACUCACUGAUUGAUUUCCACACAGGUCCCAGUGGUGGAACCGCUACCAGGCCUAUCGGGGUGCUUUACGGUAUUCUGCAUUGCGCAACUUCGAGUAUGCAUACUUCUGCUUCGCGCGGAGCGACUCGGCCUGGCUCCGGCCCGUGCCGCCCAUCCAAUCCUUUUCAAGAGAUAAAGUAUCCGUCAAUGACGUCUGGAUGCUCACGGCGAACGACCACGUCAUGGUCGCACCGUCCGGUGACCUCGUCGAACGACUCAUAGAUAUGGACAAUACCGGGAGGACCUGGUGCUUCGGCAACCCGUACGGCCUGUCGCCGUUCCACGGCCGGUCGAACGAGGAGAAGAAGCGGCCCGAGGCGCCCUGCGACUAUGAGGCUAUCCGGGGAGCGGUCGUCGAGAAGCUACGAUGUUUACCAGAAGAGGCCGAUCUGAUAGCAAGAGAUAUAGUCGAAGAGUACUGCUGUUCCGGUAGUAGAGGCAAGCGCUUCAAGACGCACGCGGGCCACACGGAGCACUUACUGGCGAAGAAGAUCUGCGGCGAUAAGGAGGACUGCGGCGACCAGCACCGGGGCUUCGCGGAUCUGGCGCAGGUUAGGUUAGCUCAGACGGUCGUGCGGUCGCACUUCGGCGCCGACUGCGGGCGACUGGCGUCAUAUCAGGGCAACCCGAGCGUGCGUUCUUCACGUCCUUCGGUCGGCAACUACCUCAUCUGCGUGUUGCUGUUCCACGACUGCCGGUUCCGCGACCGGCGCAUGCCUAGCCUGGGCCCCUUCGGCGGCAAGCCGCUGGGCGACCUCAAGAUCGAUCCACCGGGCCGCUGCGCCUGGCCGGCCUGGUUCCCUUCUUCGGAACCUCCACAACCAGCUCAAUUAGUUAGCGGAGACGGGCGCUGCGCCACGAUCGACGGUGAACGGGUCGUGCUGAGGGAGUGCGUCCAGGAGUCGGAGCAGGACGCCCUCGCGGCGAGCGGUACCCAAAACCGCCUCGUCUUCUCCAAGCCCGUGCGCCAUGCGCCGGACCAGCUCUUCGCGCUACUCGCGAACACGGCGAAAGGUGUUGAAAUCUUGAGCCUCGACCCGCGGUUUUCUUCUGACUUUAGAUGUUUGAGACCGGGGGGCGCCGCGGGGCUGACGGUCGGCCGCUGCGACGCGCUCGAAAGUGGAAAUGCGGCGCGCGCGACGGCGUUCGUCCUCGACGCGGGCCGGCUCGUGCACAGCUCGGGCGCGUGCGUUGUGGGGCGGGACCAGCUCUCGCUGUCGAGCUGUGUCGCCGCGACGGCGCUCGAGGUCGUCGUCGUGGAGCCCUGAGGUCUGUGUUAAGUCUAGAAUUA